GAAUCCUAUUAUAAGGUCAUAAAACAGAUUUUUAAACAUGAAGAUUGUUGCACAACACGUUAAAGACGUCAUAAGAGCGGCACUGAACAGCUGUGUGGGCCAAAAGGUACUGCAAGAGCACUUGCCAAAUCUGUCCGUUGUAUCCGCCAACCCGAAGUUUGGAGAUUUUCAGUGGAAUGAUGCAAUAUCGCUGUACAAAGCAAUAGGAAGUACUCUACAAGUAGGAAGCCCUAAAGAACUCGCUGAACUAGUAAAAUCACACAUAUCUUCAUCCACGUUCUCUGCUGUUAACGUCUCGCCUCAAGGGUUUCUCACAGUGACGCUAUCGAAGGAAUUCAUAGAAGGAGAGAUACGCCACUUGUACAAACAUGGAGUCUCAGUGCCACAAGCACCCAAAGGAUUCCGAGUGGCAGUUGACUUCUCAUCACCAAACAUCGCCAAGGAGAUGCACGUUGGCCACUUAAGGUCAACCAUUAUCGGCGAAUCACUAUCACGUAUCCUCGAGUUCCACGGCUAUGAUGUACUUAGAAUUAAUCACCUGGGAGAUUGGGGAACGCAUUUUGGUAUGCUGGUGGAAUAUAUGCUGGCAAAGCAUCCCGAUUUCAUGACAAACGUGCCCAGCAUUAGCGAUUUUACACAAUUCUAUAAAGAAGCAAAGGCCCUUAUGGACGCGGAUGCAGAGUUUAAAGCGAGAAGUAGGAAACGUGUGGUACUCUUGCAAAGUGGUGAUGAACUAUCAAUCAAUGUAUGGAAGUUACUAUGCCAAAUUAGCGAAAGGGAAUUCGCAAAGAUAUAUAAAAUGCUAGAUAUAACGAUAGAAAAUUGCGGAGAAUCAUUCUAUAACGAUAUGAUACCAGAUGUUGUAAACGAACUCAAGGAAAAGGAUCUAGUAGUGGAGUCAGAAGGAGCACAGUGCGUAUUCACAAGCGUCAGCUCAGUGCCACUCAUGGCAAUCAAAAGUGACGGGAGCUACGGAUACGACUCAACCGACCUGGCGUGUAUCAGAUAUCGUAUUAAAACCCUUGGAAGCAAGUGGCUCAUAUACGUCACCGAUGUAGGACAGCAAGAGCACUUUAUGAAGGUAUUUGAAACAGCGCGCCUUGCAGGAUGGAGUAAAGUAGAUGGUCAAGAUAUUAGGAUAGACCACUUGGGAUUCGGGAUGGUACAAGAUUCUUCUGGGAAUAAAUUCAAAACACGCUCUGGAGAUACGGUAAAGUUAAUCACAUUGCUGGACGAAGCAGUGUCAAGAGCGACUGUUGAACUAGAGUCAAGAAUCAAAGCACGACAAGAAGAAGGAGAAACUGAAAUUGAUAUCAACGUCCCUGAAGUGGCAAAGGUUCUAGGAUAUGGCGCUGUAAAGUAUUUCGAACUCAGACAAAAUAUCGCAAACAACUAUAAAUUCUCAUUCGACCACAUGCUUGAUCCAAGGGGCAACACAGCGAUAUACCUCUUGUACGCAUAUGCACGCAUAUGCCAAAUAUUCCACAAAGCAGGGAUUGACCCGGAAACACUGCAACCGGAACUACUUGACCUAGUACACCCUUUGGAAAUAUCACUCGCAAAGCAUAUACUAAAGCUGCCAGCAGUGCUACAUCAAAUCACCGCAGAUUUCCUCAUUUCUAAGCUAGCCGAUUUCGUAUAUGCACUCAGUGUGGAAUUUUCGUCAUUCUACAAACAGUGCAAGGUAAUCGGGGACCCUAAUGAAAAAACUAGAUUGCUUCUGUGCCAUGCAACGAAGACCGUUAUGAAGACUGCAUUCCAAUUAUUGGGAAUCAAGCCACUAGACCGUAUAUAAAC